AUGUCCACCCGCUACGCCGCCGCCCACGCCCAACCCACCGGCGCCGGCGACGCCCGCCCCACAGCCCUGCAAAUCAUCCACGACGAGAACCUCGUCAACGCCCUCGCGGACAAAGUAGUCCUCAUCACGGGCGUCUCAGGCGGCAUCGGCAUUGAGACGAUGCGCGCCCUCCACGCAACGGGCGCCCACGUCUUCGGCACCGUGCGCGACCUGUCCAAAGGCCAGAAAGUCGUCUCGGACAUCCUAGCCUCGAACCCGAAUGGCGGCAAAAUCGACCUGAUUGAGAUGGAUUUGGGCAGUCUGGACAGCGUGCGCCGCGGCGCGCAGGACUUCCUCGACAAGAGCGGCGGGAAACUGAACCUCUUGAUCCUGAAUGCGGGAAUCAUGGCCGUGCCCGAGGGCAGGACGAAAGACGGCUUCGAGUUACAAUGGGGCACGAAUUACGUCGCGCAUUUCCUGCUGUUCCAACUGGUGAAGGGGGCGCUGCUGGAGAGCGCGAGUCCCGCGUUUCCCAGCCGCGUCGUCAGCGUUUCGAGCCUGGGGCAUCGGUAUAGCAGUAUCCGGUUCCACGAUUACAAUUUCGAGAGGGAGCCAUAUGACAAGUGGUUGGCAUAUGGGCAGAGCAAGACGGGGAAUAUUUGGCUGGCGAAUGCGAUUAAUCGCAAGUAUGCGGGUAGGAAUCUGUAUGCUGUUGGGCUGCAUCCGGGCGUCAUUAUGACGGGCUUGGCUUGGGCGCUGGAUGAGAAGGAGGUUGCGCAGAUUAUCACGCCGGAGGCUACGAGGAUGCUCAAGUCUCCUGAACAGGGCGCCGCGACGAGUGUGCUUGCGGCCGUGGGGAAGGAGUGGAGGACCGUAGGUGGGGUGUGGGCGAGUGAUUGCGCCGUGCAGGGGAGGAUGCAGGAAAAUGUGAGUUUCUUGGAGGACCAGGGGUAUGCGGAUUGGGCGUUUGAUCCGGAGGGGGAGGAGAGGUUGUGGAAGGAGAGUUUUGCCAUGGUUGGGCUGAAGGAGGAGUGA